UAGCUCCUUUUGUUUAUAUCAUACACGCGACUUCUUUUUGUUUACGUCGUCUCCUCCUCCGUUUCAGCAGAGCGCCGCUGCCGCCUUAAUCUUCCGUUCGUGCCGCCGCCGUCUUAUUCUUCCGUUCGUGCCGCCGUUUUAUUCUUCCGUUCGUGCCGCCGCAGUCUCAUUCGAUUCCCUACCUCUUUUUGUUACUGCCAUGGAACACGGGUCCUUCACGGAUGAGAGUAAAUCAACAUUUUCUAUGGCUGAUGAAGAUCACACACUUGCAAAUUCCAUCAGAUACACUUUGAAUCAAGAUCCAAGAGUGACAUUCUGUGGGUACAGCAUCCCUCAUCCUUCAGAUAAUCGAGUUAACAUCAGGGUCCAAACAACAGGUGAUCCAGCAAGAGAGGUUUUGAAAGAUGCGUGUCAGAACUUGAUGGCGGUGUGCCAGCAUGUGAGGAACACACUCGACAAAGCUGUUCUUGAUCACAAACUCACCAAGCCUGUGGGAGACAUUAAUAUCAAAUAGAGUGGGACCUUUCCUUCCCCCCUACUUUGUUGGGCUUAUAACUUUCUUUUUUGCUCCAUUUAUAUUAUCGUUUACAGAUUAUUUGAGUCAGUUUAGUUGAUGAAUCUUUCUUACUUGUACUGUUAUCUCAACUGAUGCCCCCUCUCAGGGAUUUUUGGUUAGAUAUUAAAUACCGUAGAUUUUACAACUUGGAAAAUGCCAGAUAUUUGUAAGCUUCAUGAGGAA